UUCCCAGAACUAUUCAGGUCGAGCAGGAAUCAAGACAAGCAGGAAACCUGUUCUUGUUACCCURAACAACCAGUCCCCUCCCAGCUGCUGCUUUCAUACGCUGCAAAAAACAGACUGAAACGCACAACCGACSGCGUUCAWAACCAUGUUAAAACCUGCUGCAAAAACGGUUUUUAUGUCAACACGAGGUUGAGUUUUUCCUCUUUUCUUGUUUACUUCGUGGAAAAACAUUCGCCUCGACACAAUGGGGACCCAGCUGGUUGGUUUUUGCUUGGCAAUCAUCGGCUUCAUGGGAACGAUUCUCAUCUGCGCUCUGCCCAUGUGGAAGGUGACGGCAUUCGUUGGAGUCAACAUCGUCACCGCGCAGGUGUUUUGGGAAGGUCUGUGGAUGAACUGCGUGAUCCAGAGCACAGGCCACCUGCAGUGCAAGGCCUAUGACUCCAUCCUCGCCUUGCCUCAGAACCUGCAGGGCUCUCGGGCCCUCGUCUGCGUCUCCCUWGGCGUCAGCGUUGUGGCCAUCGGGCUCAGCAUCGUUGGGGUUCGGUGCACCAACUUCUGCCGCUACGACAGGUUGAUGAAAUCCAACAUUGGCAUUGGCGGAGGAGUGGCGUUUAUCAUCGCAGGCGCGCUGUGCAUCAUUCCCGUCAGCUGGUCGGCUCACAUCAUCAUCACGGAAUUUAACAGCCCACUGGCGACGGAGGGGAGGAGAGGGGAGCUGGGAGCCUCCAUCUACGUCGGCUGGGCGUCUGGAGCGCUGCUCGUCAUCGGAGGAGGGAUCCUGACCGGAAGCUACAGAUGCUGAAGAAGAAGAAGAAGAAUGACCUGCACUGCGCCAUCCAUCGUGAACAUGCUGAAGGUUUACGUGUAAAAUAGCGUCUCUAACAGAAGUCACAUUUUAUUUUAAAUCAUAGUUGCACUAAAAUGAUAAUGGUUUAAAAAUGAAGUUUCAAGAAACUGCACAAAUUCAGGACAUGAAGGGAAAACGUCCAUGUAAUGAAAUAUUAUAAGCUCUCCACAUAUCAUAUUUUAUUUUAAAGAAUUUGAUAAUUGUAGUUUUCUGAAUGCUGAAAUUAUUCAUACUAUUUGUUCUUUCUAUACAUUUACUGGAGUUGCAUUGGUUUAAGWAGCUGUCUCCUUUUAACUGUGAACUCUUAAUGUGACAAUUUAUAAUUUUUGGAAUUACAAAAACUUUACAUGCUUUACAAAUGAAUAUAGCAUUAUGUUUUUUGCUAAAUAGCAUUAUGUAGCAUAAAACAUAGCAGUAUUGUUUUGUAUGUUAUGAAUAAAUUUUUGGUACUUGUCUAUUUUCAACACAAGUCCUGCAUUUUGUUCUUGCUUUUAAGUACACAGACAAUCMUUUUUCUACUAAUUUUGACAAUAUAAAAUAAUACACAGUUUAAUAUUAGACACAAGUUGCGUCGAUCCUGGCAGAUCUCAGAUUUUUGUGAUGUUUUAAGCAGAUUCUGAUUUCUGAAUCUUUGGCGUAACAAAAAYGCCAAAGAAAAACACCGGAACAUGAACACACCUCAGAUCAAUUCAGAGAGACAGCAUGAUUUGGUGCCAUUCUUGAACUGUGGUGAAGGGCCUCAUAAAAUCAUUACGAGGGCCUCAGAAAGACCCCGGGCCACACUUUGGACACCCAUGAUCAAGAAUGUCCAUCCUGUGGAGGAUGGUCAAGAAAUGUUAUCCUCCCUAAUAUUAAUUACACAAUAUUAAUUAAACUAAGUUUACACAGGGAUCUUAAGCUGUCAGAAACCAYGUCAGAAACGCUAACUGGAACAGAUUGUAAUCAUGUUAAUCAGCAGCAGUGAUGUCACCAACUACUGGAUGACAUCAUCAAUAGUUGGUGACUUGCUGUGUUGAAGACUUGGGUGUGACAUUUAGCUGCCAUUUUGUUCUGCUGAAAUGAUCCCUCAGAUGUUCCUGUUGACCAUUUUUGGAGAAAAGGGUGGAGCUGGUGAGCAGGAAGUGAAACGCCAUUAAACACACGUGAAACAAUGAUUUCAUGUGUUUUGAAACUGGUUGUGUUGUGAUGACAAAAUGUAACAUUUUGUUGAAUUUUGGUUGAAAUUCUUUAUUAUUCUUAUGUCUGUAUUGGUUUUUUCCAAAUUAAAGCCCUGUUUCUGACA